CAAACACGCUGGCGCCAAUAUAUUCAAAAAAUUUGAAAAAAAAUAGCGUAGCGUACAGCAUUUCAAUGACAACGAUUACGCUGCGUCUCUCCACUCCCCAGAACUGACCUUCGUGGACGGCGGAAGCAUCUUGAUGGAUUCAAUCCCGAGUCUUCCCCAUCGUAAUUGCCAGGAUUCCAGGGCUUCGUUCUCGCUUUCGCUCCCGUCAGAGCCUCCUGAUGUUGGAAACUGGUUCUCAAGCUAUGAGUAUAAAUCUCCCGAUCCGGAUUCAAAUGUUGAUUUCGAAUAUUCUGCUUUCAAAGGAUACGAGUCCGAAAAAGAUGAAGAGAGGGAGAAACAAGAAGUAAAUUGCCCACAAAUCAGGUUGGGAGAUGAGAUGGUUGCUGGGGAGAAGCUAUUAAUAACAAGUACUUGUUUUGUAGAGCAUAACAAAGACCAGUCUUUGGCCAAGGAUCUGGAUAUUUUCAGCUCGGACUCAGUAUUCCUUUCAGAGCCUCCUGACAUCAGAAACUGGUUCUCGAGCUAUGUUUACGAGUCUCCUAUGCUCGGGACGAGCAGCCUUUUUGAGGAAUUUGUUACAUCAAAAGAGAACGAGUGUGACGAAAAAAAUCUCAUACUUCAAGAAAAAGAUGGGCAUGAAGUCCUACGUGACAAUGUUGACACAGGAGAAUCUUUAAGACAUAAUAGCUUGUCUGAUACAAGCACGAGGGUAAAUCAGCUUUCAAGCAAGGACGAUGGCAGUGUUGAAAUGAAGGAAGGUAUUCCUUUUGCCAGUACUUUCGGCCAUUUGGAAAAGGUUCCGCAGCCAUUUACACAAGAUAGAAUGUCAAAACAUGAUGUUAAUCCAGCCAAGGGUGAGACUUUGAGCUUGAGUCAUAGAAGUGGUGGGUGUAAAGGAGAUCACGCUCUAAUGUCAAUGGACAAGAAUUGUAAGAGGCCUCCAGAUACGUUACAGAAGACUGAUAUGAAAGAAGCUAUUUCAAAAGCAAUGAUCCAACAUGAAAAUAGUGGCUCGAGUGCAACAACUUCAGCAAACGUAUUCUCAGAAUGGAAGUCAACUCGGUUGAGAGAGAAAGAGAAUGGAGAUAUGGGGUCCAUGAACGGUUUUAUGACGACGAGGAAGAGCAGAGACGGUGGAGCAAAGGACGAAAACUGUUGGAAGAAAACACGAGAGAAAUCAUCACAGGAUUCAACAAACAGGGGAAGAGAUUCUACGGCGUGCAAGAAAGAAGGCGAUAUGAAGAGAAAGGCACUUGCAGAAGUAACGAAUAUUGAAAUAUGUAAUAACAUGGAGAUUACAGGGAAAUGGAAGUGCCCUCGGAAGGGCAAAUCAAACAUCGGGCCUGCUCUGAAGCAACUUCGGCUUGAGCGAUGGGUUCAUAGAAAUUGAAAGUUUUUCAUACUAAGGUCUGGCCUCUAGCUCUGGCCGUCUGGGGAUGUUCUGAUCCAGUUAAAAAAAUUCGUAGUUAGUAACACGUCCAUUUUCAAGCAGUCAAAUGAACUGUUAAAUCUUUCUGGUGCUGCCGUAUGCUGCCUGUAGUUUACAAGCAACAUAGACAAAGUUCAUGCUAGACAAGUUGCAUUUCGGUGGUGAGAAUGAGAGCCAAACAACAAC